AUGGAGUCUCAUGAUGAGACUGGAUGCCAGGCUCCAGAGGGCCCCAUACUCUGCAUUAAUAACUGCGGCUUCUUUGGAAGUGCUGCUACAAUGAACAUGUGCUCCAAGUGCCACAAGGACAUGAUCCUGAAACAGCAACAGGCCCAACUGGCAGCAUCAUCCAUUGAAAGCAUUGUGAAUGGCAACUCUAGUGGAAAUGGAAAAGAACCUGUGGUUGCUGGUGCUGUUGAUGUACAGGCUGCACCAGUAGAGAUGAAAAUCAUCUCUACAGAACCAUCCAGUGAUGCAGCUUCAAGCAAGCCUGCUGAGAUGAAGGCAAAAGAGGGACCCAGUAGGUGUACCGCUUGCCGAAAGCGUGUCGGUUUAACAGGGUUCAGUUGUAGAUGUGGAAACCUGUUCUGUGCAGUUCAUCGUUACUCUGACAAGCAUGACUGUCCCUUUGAUUAUCGGACUGCUGCUCGGGAUGCUAUUGCUAAAGCCAACCCAGUUGUCAAGGCAGAGAAGCUUGAUAAAAUCUAA